AUGCCACCAAAAGCAACCCCAUCAUCAAAAUCAACCAUUAAACAACAAUCAAGUUUAACUCAAUUGAUUACUUUAUUAAAAACUCAACAAUUCUAUUGGUUUUUAGGUCAUGUAUUUGCAUUAUUAUUUUCAAUAUUAAGUACAUUAACUGGAUUAAUUUUUAAAAAUCAAUUAUCAUUAAAAUAUUUUAGAUUUGCAUUAAUUUCAAACAUUAUCACUUAUGGUAUAGUUAUAAAACAAAUACAUUUUAAAUCAUCAACCACUAGUUCAAAUGUAAGUAGAAUUAAAUUAAUUAAUGAUGAAAAUAUUCAAUAUUUGGUGUUAGCUUUAGUGUUUUUAUUGUCUAGUUAUAUAUUAAAAACCCAAAAUCAAUCUGCUUUAUAUCCAUAUGUUAUAUUUGGAGUUUUCCAUGUUGUUACAUAUUUCCAAAAUCAUUUGAUUACAAUUUUCAUUCCAUCUAUUCCAGCUCAACAACAUUUGAAUUCUUUAAUAAAUAAUUUCACAAGUCAAUUGAAUCAACCAGCAUUAUAUGCUGCAUCAAGUGUUGAAUUAGUCUUGGCUUUAACUACAGGAUUUGAUGUAGUUAUUAGUAGUUUCUGGUUAAUUUUAAGAUGGAAUUUUUUUGACUAUAUUACUAAAGUUAUUGUAUUUUUAACAGUAAUUAUAUUUAACAAAUUUAAAUUUGAUCAUAGUCAAUAUACAAAGGCAUCAGUAUUACAAAUGGAUCAAACUUGGAAUGGAUACGUUAACAGAUUAAAUAAUCCAAAAUUAACUCAAUUAUUUUUCAAUUUUAGAGAUUUGGUAAUUCGUUAUCUUGGUUUAAUAAAUAUUCCAAAAGAUGUCAAAACAACUCAAUAG